UCUUUCGCACAAGUUGCAUGUUCUCCUCAGCUUGCCCCAAACGCAACGCAACUAAACGCAACACAACACGAUUCGAUUUUGGCUUUUAAACUUUCAUUAUGUUCCCCAAUACCCUUUGAAUUUAUAUUUGUGCACAUUUUAAAUAACUCCAGUACCUCACAGAUACAAAAGCGGUCAUUGUGUACUUGUGUCGAAUCUUUUUUUUUCUGCGAUUGAGUGCGUUUAUGCAAAUAUCGUUUAUUAUUACAGCUAAUCAGUUGCAUACUGUUCCCUAAAGCGAAUGAGUUCCAUGAAACCGCUCAGUACGAGUAUAGUUCUGUUUCAAUUUGGAUUUCGGCAACUCCAAACCAGGCAAAGGCGCGUCAGGCAUGUGUGUGCUCGUGUGCGUUAUUACGGUUAUUUUCCUUUCCUUUUGCUUUCACUCUACCAAUAAAAAGAUCGAGCUGAGGCCAAAUCAGGAUAAGACACGUGUUUCCAAUCACCUGCCAACGCUACCACUGCCACCGCGAGCCUGACACCAAGGCUGACUUAGGAGCGUACCCAGAGGGCAGCAGGCCAAGAGAAGAUAACCAGCUGGAGGGAACUGUAAGAUGGGCAAGAAAAACUCGAAAUUGAAGCAGGACACCAUCGAUCGCUUGACAACGGACACAUACUUCACCGAAAAGGAAAUUCGUCAAUGGCACAAAGGUUUUUUGAAAGACUGUCCGAACGGUUUGCUGACCGAACAAGGCUUCAUCAAAAUCUAUAAGCAGUUUUUCCCCGAUGGUGACCCCAGUAAAUUUGCUUCUUUGGUAUUUCGUGUAUUCGAUGAGAAUAACGAUGGGGCCAUCGAGUUUGAGGAGUUCAUACGGGCCUUGUCCAUAACAUCACGCGGAAAUUUAGAUGAGAAGCUGCAUUGGGCCUUCCGUCUCUAUGAUGUUGACAACGAUGGUUACAUAACGCGCGAGGAGAUGUACAAUAUUGUGGAUGCCAUCUACCAGAUGGUCGGUCAGCAGCCGCAGACGGAGGACGAGAACACGCCACAGAAGCGGGUGGACAAGAUCUUCGAUCAGAUGGACAAGAACCAUGACGACCGCCUUACUCUCGAAGAGUUCCGAGAGGGAAGUAAAGCUGAUCCACGUAUAGUCCAGGCGUUAAGUUUAGGUGGUGAUUAACCGCAAGAAGUUUAGUUGUCUUGACAUUUUUUGGGGUGAUCCAGAGUGGGAGUGGAAGCUGAGGCAGAAUCGCAGUGGGGAUGGAAGGAGCUGAUUCCAAGGAUCAAUGAUUUGAGACAGCGAGCCCCACGAGAUCCCUCAGAUCCACAGCAAAAACUACAGCAAUGUCUUUGGACCUUGAUUGGAAUCGAUUGAGAAUACUCACACACCCUCAUAUUUUUUACCAAUUUUCCUUCUCCCCUCGCACACACAUAAACCCGCCCACCCACACAGUCACUCAAUGAAAGAUCCAGAAGAAAUAUUAAAAAAUCUCGACUUGAGUUAACUUUCAACUUAUAGAAUAUGAAUAUUAAUUAACAUGAGAAAGGAUAUAUGUAUAUGUAUAGUAUAGAUAAAUAUUGCAGUCAUCAAAAACCAGAAACUGUUAAGAAAAAAAACAAAGUUUUAAAAUUUACCAAGGAAAAAAAUAGAAACUAAAGAACACCAAUUUAUGUCAAAUGAAACGCUUUUUAAAAAAAUAAUUCAUAUUAAAUACAUAUACAUACGUAAAAACAAAUAGGGGUUGAGAGCGAGUUCACCCUUCUAUAGAUAAAUAUGUGUGUAUAAAAAUAUGCUCUUAAUCUUAUCCAAGUCAUUUUUAUUGAAAUGCUUGGCAAAAAAAAUCGAAUAUCAAAGAAAAAUUCUUGAAAUUGAUUUAGUAAUAUAUCGCAUAGGUAUCGAAAACUAACCGAUGGCUAUCUAAUCGUUAAGAUGGAUCGUUAUUUGAAAAUAAUUAUGAAUCAAAGCGAGAGAGAGAGAUCUCUUUUGACGACAGCUAUUUCUGCUUUACAUGCAAUCAAUACACGCUUCUCAAUAUAUUUAGUAUAUGCUUAUACAUAGUUAUAAAAACACAAAUACAUACAUAGGCAUAUAGUCGAAUAUAUGUAACUCAUAUGCUACUGGCCUAGACGCAAUGCAUGUACUCGAAUAUAUGUAUCUCACAUGCUACUGUUCUAGACGCUUGCUCUUUCUCUUGCUGUGUUUUCCACAUUUUUGUGGAGCAAGAGCUCAGCAUAGCUAGCUACUAACUGUUGAUAAUCGAAAGUGUUGAUAAUCAAAAAUAGAUACCCACACGCAUACCUAAUUACUCUCUUUUUAACAAAGUACACUAGCUAUAUUAAGAUCUAGAUCAUAUACAUAUAAAAGAUAUUGGAAUAGUCGUUCUUUUGCUUCUGAAUGCGGUAUGCCAUGUCUUAAGUGGGUGUGCUUCUGCGUCUCCUCACCAUUCCAGCUUCAUCCAGCUUCCUUUCCACCAUUGCAUCUCAUAGCUGAUUAUUACUAGGUCAGCCACAGCCCCCACCCCAUAACCAGGGUAGAAACAAACAUUUUAACAAGAGUAGUUCUCCAUACGUAUUCCCGCAUGCCUAAAAAGAUAAACAAUAUAAAAAAUAAUAAACAAGAAUAUCAGUUUGAACUUUUUGUUGAAGCUCUUUAAACUUCACACAGAGAGCUUGGAAUAUCCUGCAUCCUAUAAAGUGGCAAGCCCAACUAAUGCCUUACUUACUAAACUAUCGUCUGAAUCAUCGACACUCUAACUGUGUCUUUUAAUAUAUCGCUCCAUUUUUUUUAUUUUUGGUCAGAUGGAAUCAUCUACUGUUGGAGUUAACUCUGCUUCCCCUUCUGCCUUAAGAUGGGGCCCCUUAUCACCAUGCUAAAAUAAUUUCUAUUUUAUAUGUGGUUCAGCUCUAGAUCGUAAUAAAAACCACAAAUGUAAAAAAAAAUGUACUUUGAUUAAUACUGCAACUUCCCCUAAAUUUAUUAAAGUCUUAUUAUUUCCCUACUAAAAUUUUCUAUCUAACUAUCGUAUCAUCAGCAUUUAUUUAUGUAAUACUAUUGGCUUGUAGGUAUCUGAUUAAAUUGGAUAAAAACAUCAGAUUUUUUAGUGGAAAUACCAUGACUUUUCUUUGCCAACGAGGUUUCAUAUUUGAACAGUCACUAGAUAAUGUCAUGGCAUCUCUAAUUCCGAAUCUAAUUCUGAGGUUUGUUAGUCUACCAGAAUACUUUUGGUUUGCCUGAACCACAGAACAUAUGCACCUAGAGUAGUUGUUGUACAUAAAUAUGUAUAUCAAGAUGAAAGCCAAUUUAAUUUACUUAAUACGAGGUUAGGGAAAGAUAUCUUUAUAAAUAUGUAUAUCAAUAUUAACACACAUGCAAACAAACAAAUAUUUAUAAU